CUUCAACGCGGAAGCAAAUCUAGAGUGGAAGGUUUCUGUCAUUUUAGAAACUUCUUGAUCACACUUCGUAGAGCCCAGCGUAAAUAAGCUGAUUAGUCGGGGGAGAUGGCUGGAGAGACAGAAGAUGAGAUCCCUGAAUCCGGAGCUGUCUUCACUUUUGGAAAGAGUAAAUUCGCAGACAACGCCCCCAGUAAAUUCUGGUUAAAAAAUGAUGUACCUUUGAGAAUUUCCUGUGGAGAUGAGCACACAGCACUGGUAACAGAAAAUGGGAAGCUGUUUAUGUUUGGCAGCAAUAACUGGGGACAGCUGGGCCUCGGAACAAAGAGCACUGUGAAUAAACCCACUUGUGUGAAAGCUCUAAAAUCAGAAAGUGUGAAGCUCGCAGCCUGUGGAAGAACUCACACACUUGUUUAUACAUCUCGUGGUAACCUGUAUGCCUCUGGAGGAAAUAAUGAAGGACAGCUUGGUCUUGGUGACUGCGAUGACAGAGCCUCCUUCCACCUGGUGGACUUCUUCAGCAAACAUGGACCAAUCAAAAUGCUCGCUGCUGGUUCCAAUACAUCGGCUGCCUUGACGCAGGAUGGCAGGCUCUAUAUGUGGGGCGAUAACUCUGAGGGCCAGAUUGGGUUAGGGAAGGAGAGUAACGCACUUACUCCUCAGGAGGUUUCUGUGGGGAAACGAGUGUCCUGGGUGUCCUGUGGAUAUUAUCAUUCUGCCUUUGUUACCGUGGAUGGGGCAUUGUUCACAUUUGGAGAAAAAGACAGUGGAAAGCUGGGCUUGUCCACAGAGAAGCUAGCCAAUCAUAAAGUGCCUCAACAGGUUACCAACAUCCCUGAUAAGGUGGUACAGGUGUCCUGUGGAGGAGGGCACACAGUGGCGCUUACGGAGCACGGGGUGUAUUCGUUUGGCCUGGGUCAGUUUGGACAGCUUGGUCACGGCACUUUCAUAUUUGAGUCUCGUUUACCCAGAGUGGUUGAGCAUUUCAGGAGGGGCAGAGUUAAACACGUGGAGUGUGGAGAGAACCAUACAGCGUUGAUUACUGAGAGUGGCCUUUUGUACACCUUUGGUGAUGGUCGGCAUGGAAAACUGGGGCUUGGAGAAGAAAACUUCACCAACCAGUUCAGACCGACACUGUGUACGAGAUUCCUCUACUACCAUGUACAUUUUGUUACUUGUGGUGGGUGUCACAUGCUUGUUUUGGCAAAGCCCAGGGCUGAAAGGUUGGAGGAUUUGAUUUUGGAGGAAGAUGACGUCACAGAAGACUACUUUGAGAAGUCCUGUACUGAACUACUUGGGGAUACACACAUUCAGACCACCCUAAACAGGAGUCUUUCGGCUCGGGUCAGACGCAGAGAACGGGAGCGUUCACCAGAUCAGUUUGGACAGAUGUUUCGAACACUCCCAGCUUUGGGUGGGAAUCAGCUGAGUGCAACAUCUCUAUCUGUUCCCAGCCAGAUCCGUCACUCCCACAGAAAACAACCUGGAAAGAUCCCUCACAACACCCUCAAAAUUCCGGGAAAGAGAGUGAAAUCUCUCGAUGACAGAAGCAGUGUGGAGGAUACUGAGAGUGUAAAAGACCUUGGAGAAACCACUGACUUAUUAAACCUGACUCACAUAAUCAAGAUGGACCCUAGCGACAAGACCCUCACAUUGUCUCCUAUGGAGAAGAAGAAGGUUAAGGUUGUGAAAGAGCACGGUAAGGAGAAGGGAAGGCAUAGUGACCCCGCCCCUUAUAGUAAGAGGGCGGAGCUUUCGGCUCGCAAAGCUCUUCCCACUGAGUUGCUCAGAAGCCCGAGUGGUAGCUCAGUAGUUGGGGACAGUCUUGGGUCAGGGACGCCCCACAAGAGCCCUAAGAGACAUGGUCAUGAUAAGGAAAAUGUACUUAUCGCUUUGGAGAACAGAAAGCCUGCAUAUCACCAAGCUGGUGAAAGUAAAACCAGAUUGGGGAUGGACAUAAGCAGAGCUGAAUCCAAACACACAGAAGUGAUAAAGUCAAAGGAUAAAGUUAAAAAAGAAUCAACAGGAAAAGCCCAACCAAAUCAAGAGGCUGAAAGCGAGAAGCUUGCUCAAAAAUCAAAAGGAAGAACAAAACCAAACCAAGAGGGAGCAGGUAAAGCAAAACCCAAAGAUCGUCCAUUGGAAGUCAGAAGCCAGCCUCAACAAGUUGUGGGGAAAGAAAAGGAAGUAAAAAUGAAACCCAUAAUUGUUGUUGAACAUCAUCUCGAACAGACCACUCAUAAGGACCAAGACCCAACAGGUAAGAAGAUCUCAAAAGAGGUUUUACCAAAAGCUCGGGGGGUGAAAGGUGAAACGAAUGCUGCUAAGACAGAAAACAAAAAUUUGGUCCCACAGAGUAAAAAGUCAGAUUCAAAAAAAGACUCAAAAAGUGGUAAGACGAUACAAGAGAUCUCCACUACUUCACAACAGUCCUGCCAAGAAGAUGUUUCUGCAAAGAAGACAAAGAAAUCAAGAGCAGAACAAAGCCAAUUACUAGUAGAGGACAAGUUGAAAAACACAAAAAAAGGGCCUACCAUUGUCUCCGAAGCUGCCUCCAAAUCUGAAUCGGCAUCAGAGUCUGAGCAAAUGAAGGAAAAUCCUCUCAUCAAGGUGACAUCUUUUCUCCAAGAUGUGGCAAUGGGAAGUCCUGCUUGUUUACUUGGAGAGUCGGCAGUCAGUCAGUUCCUUUCCCAGUCCACACCGCGAAAGAUGCCAAAACCUCUUUCAAAACAAAGAACUCUGUCUGAUGUUUCGUCCCUGAGUGAGUCCGAUGAAGUUUCAAGACAGGAGGAGACUAGAGAAGCCAGGAGGACGGCCGUCACCAUCGACAUUAAGACAGAAGCAGGAUCUUCAGAUGGGGACUUGGAAAGAAGCAGCAUUGAGUCCAAAACCGAGGCACAUUCUGAGGUGGGAACAUAUAGAAGAAGUGAGGAGGAAGGAGGAGAGGAAUCCGAUGAGGAGGAGGAGGAGGAAAGCAAGGGUUUGUUGAAUAGAAAGGAUGAGAGUGAGGAAGAAAGUGAGAGCAAGACCCUUGACAAUGUAGCAAACGAUGACGAUUCUGAGGUUGACAACGAUACAACGAUCAAAGCUUCUAGUGAGGAUGAGGAAAGUGAGGAAGAGCAGGAGAAAAGUAAAAGUGAGGCAACUGAGGAUGUAGAGAGUGAGGCUGAGGAAGAGGAGAGUGAUGGAAUAGAAGAUGAGGAAGAAGAAACAAGUGAGAUAAGUAGAAAAAGUGAAGAGGAGAGUGGAGCAGAAAAGGGUGAAAGCAAACAGAGCGAAGUUGAAGAGACAGAGAGCAAAAGUGAGAGGUCAAAGGAUGAAUCAGAUGAAGAGAAUGAGGAGUCGGAGGAGAAAGAUAGCGAGGAUGAGGAAGAAAAUGAUGUGGAAAGUGACAGUGCUGAGGAAGAUGAAGAUAGUAAAAAGAUUAGUGAAGAAGAGGAGGAAGAUUCAGAAAAACUGGAAAGUGAGACUGAAGAUGAAGGGGAUGAAGAUGGUGAUAAGACUAGUGAAGAAGAUUCAGAAAAGCAGGAAAGUGAGACUGAAGAUGAAGGGAAUGAAGAUGGUGAUAAGACAAGUGAAGAAGAGGAGGAAGAUUCAGAAAACCUGGAAGGUGAGACUGAAGAUGAAGGGGAUGAAGAUGGUGAUAAGACAAGUGAAGAAGAGGAGGAAGAUUCAGAAAAGCAGGAAAGUGAGACUGAAGAUGAAGGGGAUGAAGAUGGUGAUAAGACUAGUGAAGAAGAUUCAGAAAAGCAGGAAAGCGAGACUGAAGAUGAUAAUGAAGUGGAGGAGGAGGAGGAAAGUGAGGAAAUUAAAGAGGAUGAGGAAGAGGGCGAAAGCAAUGAAGAGGAAGCAACGAGUCAGAAUGAUGAAGAGGAAGAAGAAACAAGUAAAGAAGAGAGUGAAAAUGAAGAGGAAGAUGAGCAGGAGAGUAAAGACGAAGAGGAAGAAGAGCAGGAGAGUGGAGAUGAAGAGGAAGAAGAGCAGGAGAGCGAAGAUAAAGAGGAAGAAGAGCAGGAGAGCGAAGAUGAAGAGGAAGAAGAGCAGAAGAGUGAAGACGAAAAAGAAGAAGAGCAGAAGAGCGAAGACGAAGAGGAAGAAGAAGAAGAAAGUAAAGGUGAUGAGGAAGAUGACGAAGAAGCAGAAGAGGAAGCAGAGGAGGAAGAGUCCGAAGAAAAAGAGGAGAUGGAAGAAGCAGAGGAUGAGGAGGGAGAAGAGGAGGACAAACAAGAAGAUCAAGAGGAGAGUGAUGAAGAAGAGGAGGAGGAAAAAGAAAAGGCCAAAAGAAAACCUGAAAAAGCCUCUGAAUCCAUCAAGCAAAAGUCAAAUGUGAAAACAACAAAACAGCAGACAAAAGCCAAACGGGCCCGAGCACAAAAACACCAGUCAGACGAUGAGUCCCAGGAGCCUCAGCAGUUUUGGGAUGAUGUUCUACCUCAAUACCUCAAUUUAAAAUAACCUCUAUCUGCUUUUCCUGAGUAUUAUGUACAUGCCUUUUCAUACAUAGCUUUUAUGUUCUUUCUUGCUUCUUGCUUUUGUGAUAUAUAUUUUAAAUAUUUUUAUUUCACCAUUAUUAUUCUUGCAAUUUCGCCCAUGACAUUCUUACUAAAUGUAUUUUUAAUUUUCAAUCUUUUAUUUAUUAAUGUUUUCCUAAGUAAUGAUAUGCCCAUGCAGUAAUGAAGACCUCAUGAUGUGCCUUAGGAUAUAUGCAUCUGAUUAACAAAUAUGCUUGAUUUGCCAAUGACCUUCAAUCAGCACUAUCGACUUUAAAUUCUUGCAAAUACAUACUAGGCACAUUUAAAGAUGCCUUUAAGUCAGAACUCAUACAAAAAGUAAAGUAAAAUAAAAUGGCAGCUAAUGAUCUUUAUGACUGGAAGAAAAAUAAAUGAAAAAAAGUCAUUAAGUAGCAUUUAGUUAAAAUUUUGCCCUUGUGCUUUUUCUGUGAACUAUUUUAUGUAUUUAUUUUACAUUUAAUAGCUAAUAAACUUUCAUUUAUUUGUAACUAUUUGCAUCUUUUUUUUAAAUUAAUACCUAUGUGUUGUUUUAUCAUUAUCCUACGGAAGAGGAUUAGGGCCAAGCAAUAAUAAAAAAAUAAAACCAUCUC